GCAGCGCUGCGCGCUCAUAUAGGGAGCAGCCCCGGGAACUCGGAGUGCUGUGCCCUAGUGAAAUUAGAAGGUCGGUGGCGAGAUGAGCCGGGCGCCAGCGUUCCUGAGCGCAGCCGAGGUGCAGGAGCACCUUCGCAGCUCCAGCCUCCUCAUUCCGCCGCUGGAGGCGGCUCUGGCCAACUUCUCCAGCGGCCCCGACGGAGGGGUCAUGCAGCCGGUGCGCACCGUGGUGCCGGUGGCCAAGCACAGGGGCUUCCUGGGGGUCAUGCCGGCCUACAGUGCUGCAGAGGACGCCCUGACCACCAAGUUGGUCACCUUCUACGAGGGCCACAGCACCGCCUCCAUGGUCCCCUCCCACCAGGCCACUGUGCUGCUCUUUGAGCCCAGCAAUGGCUCCCUUCUGGCGGUCAUGGAUGGAAAUGUCAUAACUGCAAAGAGAACAGCCGCGGUUUCUGCCAUCGCCACCAAGUUUUUGAAACCACCCAGCAGUGAGGUGUUGUGCAUCCUUGGGGCUGGGGUCCAGGCCUACAGCCACUACGAGGUCUUCACAGAGCAGUUCUCCUUUAAGGAGGUGAGGAUAUGGAACCGCACCAAAGAAAACGCGGAGAAGUUUGCGGACACGGUUCAAGGAGAGGUACAGGUGUGUUCCUCAGUCCAGGAGGCUGUGACAGGGGCAGAUGUGAUCAUCACAGUCACCAUGGCAACAGAGCCCAUUUUGUUUGGUGAAUGGGUGAAGCCAGGGGCUCACAUCAAUGCCAUCGGAGCCAGCAGACCUGACUGGAGAGAGCUGGACGACGAGCUGAUGAAACAGGCUGUGCUUUAUGUGGACUCCCAGGAGGCCGCCCUGAAAGAGUCUGGAGAUGUCCUGUUGUCAGGGGCCGAGAUCUUCGCUGAGCUGGGAGAAGUGGUGAAGGGAGUGAAGCCAGCACACUGUGACAAGACCACGGUGUUCAAGUCUUUGGGAAUGGCGGUGGAAGACAUGGUUGCAGCCAAACUAGUGUAUGAUUCCUGGUCAUCUGGUAAAUGAAAUGAAGGAACUUUGCAUUGAGGUAGAAGCUACAGCUCAAGGGAUGUUGUUACCAGCUGUCUUGCAAUUUCUAGAUCAAAUGAGGGAGCCCAGCGCCUAGUGAGCUAUCGUUUUGAGCUUAUUGUGUCUUACCUUAAACAAUGAGAUCCCCAUUUGUGUGUGUAGUUGGAAAGCAAAACUAGGUGGCCAUUUCUUCUGUUUCACCCAAUUAUAGUAAUACUCCCUUUCCCCUGUAUUUCACUGCAUUUUGUAAUUCCUUGAAAUAAAGCAUUUUCCAAUUCUUGCUGUGGUCAUUUCUGUGCUUCAUGGCAAAGAAAGUGAGGGGAGCAUGUGCUUCCA